GGAGGGACCCGGGAGGCCCCAGGCCCCGGCACCCGCUCGCCUCUCGCCGGCCCCGCAGCCCCCGCGGAGGGCGGGGAGAUGCAGCCCCCGGGCGCUCAGCAGCCGCCGCUCUACGCGCCCAGCAGCGGGGACUUCACCUUCGUCUCCUCGGCGGACGCCGAAGAUCUUAGUGGUUCCAUAACAACUCCAGAUGUUAAGCUAAAUCUUGGAGGAGAAUUCAUCAAAGAAUCUACUGCGACUACAUUCCUAAGACAGAGAGGAUAUGGCUGGCUUCUGGAAGUGGAAGAUGAUGACCCAGAAGAUAACAAGCCACUUCUGGAAGAACUUGACAUUGAUCUGAAGGAUAUUUACUACAAAAUUCGAUGUGUGUUGAUGCCUAUGCCAUCUCUUGGGUUCAAUAGGCAGGUGGUGAGAGACAAUCCGGACUUUUGGGGUCCUCUGGCAGUUGUCCUCUUCUUCUCAAUGAUUUCAUUAUAUGGACAAUUUAAGGUUGUUUCUUGGAUUAUAACUAUUUGGAUAUUUGGAUCCUUGACAAUUUUUUUACUGGCCAGAGUUCUUGGAGGAGAAGUUGCUUAUGGCCAAGUUCUUGGUGUAAUAGGAUAUUCCUUACUUCCCCUCAUUGUCAUAGCACCUGUACUUUUGGUGGUUGGAUCAUUUGAAGUUGUUUCUACUCUAAUAAAAUUGUUCGGAGUCUUUUGGGCUGCAUACAGUGCUGCAUCAUUACUAGUUGGAGAAGAAUUCAAGACAAAGAAACCCCUUCUAAUUUAUCCAAUCUUUUUAUUAUACAUCUAUUUUCUGUCCUUGUAUACUGGGGUGUGAUCUAGUGUAAGAUGUGGUCAGAAACCAUAUUUCAGUCAUUUGCAGACUGAUAGUGUGUAAGAUUAAGAAGGCUGGAGAUAAUACAAGUGACUGUUUUGUAUCCAGUUGUUGAGAUGUUUUAAGAUGGAAGAGCAUAUUUGUGUAUAUUAUUUAAUGAAGCAAUUGUAGCUAUAUAGAUUUGUAUCAAAGUUCUAGGUUUGUUUAAGACUCUUCAGAUUUUAAUGAACAAAAUAAAAGAACCUUGUGUUUUAUAACAAAGCGUAGCAAAACUGCAACUCAAUACCUGUGCCAAAAGCACUGGGACCAGAUUACUAUAUUCAAGAAUUAAAAAUGAGAAGUUAACUGUUAACAAUCUCAAAGUGCAAUUUUUCUUUUGAGCUUAAACACAGCUGGCUUUUUUUGGCGCAGCAAAUUCUGUAGAUAAUAUAUAUUUAUGAAACAGUCCUGAUUGUUCACAGAAUAGUCUGUAUAAUCAAGAUCCAAGAAGAUACUACUUUUAAUUUAGUGCCUCAAUUACUGUGAUUUGGCUGUUGAGUUUUUAUAAAUUCCAAUUUCUUUUCAAAACAUGUAUAUACUGUGUAUUUUGUAUCUAUGGCUUGUGUGUACCGUAAAUACUCCUUGGUUAAGGAUGUAUAUUGGGUUUUUAAAAAUUGAAGAUACAAGUAUUUGAAGUUUUCAUUUACUAUCUCUGACCAAAGGAGCAAGAUAUUUACUGUGUGACAUAAUUAAUUAAAAUGCAUAUUUAGAGAAUCAAAUUAUUUUACUUAAAAAUACAAAUUUACAGAGAAAUGGGUGAACACCUUUCUCAACUCUAGUGCUGGCCUAAUGUUGGAGAAAAAAAAUAUGAUCUAUCAAAUUUGUGUGAUCUUUAAACAAUGUUAUUUUAUGAUGACAAAAUAAAAAUAUUGCUUCCCUAACUAUGUUUUACAACAUCUUGCUCUGUUUUGCUUUUAAUAGCAUGGUAUUUAACAUGCAUCCUUUUUAUUUUUAUUAUUUUUAUUUUCACCAAUACUGUUAAUCCCUUGUAAAGAGAAAUAGGAAAGAUUAGAAAGGCCAGAUUCUCCCUCCACUAAACGAGGCAGAGUUACAGCCUUAGUAACAGUUAGAGUCUUGCUAAUUUUGACUCUUCAAGGAUUAUGUAAUAAUGUGAUGACAUGUUAAAUAUUUCCUGUGUACUGUGUUGAUUGCUUAUAUAAUGGUCCUUAUGGUAAUAUUUCUUCACAAGGGAAGUCCGCUGAAGUUUACUUUGAAUGGUACUAACGUAGGGAUUUGCAAUAUUCAGGAUUUAGUAUCAACAUACAGCUCUGAAGGUGUGGGGGUUUUUUUCUGGCAACAGAAAAAAAGCAUUUCCCAUUCUGCCCCCCCACCCCUUUUUUUUUUUUUUUUAAUGCUACAAAUAAAAAUCAGCCAUGACAAAGUAAUAGCAAGGGCUGUCUUGGGUCUCUGAUGGACAUACUUCCAUAUCAGAACUAUAGUUUUUCAGCUUUUUAGGCUGUGUAACUAGCCAGCUGGGUAACUUAUUUUUACCAGUCAUUACUGAUGCAAAAUAUAUAAAUAAAUUCCAGCUCUCCCACAAACCUUUAGCUUAUUCAGUCUGCUUUCCUGGCUGAUGAUCGUGUUGGUUUUAAACAGAAUCACUUGAAGUUAGUGCUGGACAUAAAUUGUAGUGUAAUACUUGAGCUUGUAAUAUAUAAAAAGAGAAAAAUUGGUAGAA